GAAUGCAAGUGGCUUGCAUAAUCUCGUGGCGAUAUUUUAUAAUUUUGUAGGUGAAAAUAAUGGACAGAAAUAGCAUUGAGUGUGUAAAUAGGUGUUCUGACUCUCGGUCUCGCGGCCAGUGCUAGAAUUCUCUGGGGAACCCCUAGAAGUUCGCGGUGAAUCACUCACUUGCGGAGGAUGAGAAGUCGGCCAAUGGUGAUAUUUUGCGAAAACUCACCGAAAUAGUGGCUCCAAGGAGAUCUCCUGGGCAACCGUGUGGUCUCUCCUGUGAUGUUUAGUGUCUCCCGUGAGUGUCAGCUGUGCCAGAAACCAUGAGAUUCGACGCCUGCUCGCGCUGGAAGAGCGGAAAUGGCCAGAUCUUCCACUGCCGGAACACACUGGGCGUCUGUGGGCUGCUCUUCCUCCUCUUCCUCUACAUUCUCUGGACAUCGUCGGCAGGUGUGAAGGUGUACGAGACGACGGUCUCGGACAGCGAAAGCGUGUUUAUUUGCAAUGUGAAUCUUCAGGACAACCGCAAGUUCAGCGAGAGUAUCGCCACAUGGCCCACCAUAUACUUCGUGACACCGACUUAUCCGCGACGCGAGCAGAUUGCAGAACUUAUCAGGUUGGGUCAGACCCUGAUGCACAUUCCCAACUUGCACUGGAUCGUGGCGGAUGACGUUGAUGCCUGCAAUAGCUACCUAGAUUUCAUCCUCAACGACUUUGGGAUUCCCUACACUCACAUCGCCAGUCCCAUGCCGGACAUCUAUCGCAGCAAGAGCACAAUUCCACGAGGUGUGGCAAAUCGGCGAGCGGCGCUCGCAUGGAUUCGCAGCAACAACAUCCGUUCUGGCGUUCUGUACUUUGGCGACGAUGAUAACACCUUCAGUCUGCGACUCUUCUCUGAAAUUCGCUUCACGAAGCGCGUCUCGAUGUUUCCCGUGGGUUUGAUUGGGAAGUACGCGGUGAGUUCGCCGGUGGUGAAGAACGGGCGCGUGGUGGGCUUCUUCGAUUCCUGGCCGGCGAAGAGGGAGUGGCCCGUGGACAUGGCGGGAUUUGCCGUGAAUCUGGAAUAUCUGGCGCAACAUCCCAACGCAACAAUGCCCUACAAAGCGGGCUACGAGGAGGACGAAUUCUUGAAGAGUAUCAAACUGAAGAUGGAACACAUUGAGCCAAAGGCGAACAAUUGCACAGAGAUCUUCGUGUGGCACACGCAGACGACAAAAGUCAAGGCGCCAGUCAUCAAGAUCGAAGAUCACAUCCUGGAGUCGGAUAAAACGAGCCUCGGAUUGCUCCUAAAACACCUGGACGCCAUGGGGAUCAGCCAUACUAGUCCAUCAUCUGGAGUGAAGGCUGAAAUCAUCAAGAAUGGCAAAAUGAAGUCUGUUACGACGCUAUUUUGAGAGAUAAACCCAUGGAGCAUCGGUUAAUUGUUCUAUAAAUACUCGCGAGAAUACUGAGUAAUAUCUGUGCGAGAUUCACAAGGCAGGAAAUAGUAAUUCUUGUUGCCUCGUGUACCAUAAUUUUGUUUGUUUAAAUCAAAUGAAAUUGCGGAAAGUGUUUACCAAAAAUAAAAAACUCAAAGCGGAAUGAAUGCCGAAGAGAUCCAAGAUGCGUUAACUUCAAAAAAAAAAUCAAAGACUUGAACAUCACUAAUUGUAGAUUAGGAUCACAAUUUAGUACUUAUCAGAUAAUUUUUAAGUAAAAUGCUAAGUCCACAGACAGCACAGUAAGUCAUUAAGUAGGAAUCAUGAAUAGUGGCUUUAUGAUUCAAUGCUUUGGAAGACAAAUGAACGGGUUUAGUUUUUCUGAAGACAUUUUACUCCCUUUAUCAGCAAUGCAUCAAUUCCAAUUUACUUGUACGUACGUAUUUGAGAAUUGCAAAUACGAUUUUAAAGAUAAAAUGAAAUAGCUUUGAAUUCAACACAAACGUAAUUGGGCCGAUAAAAUCGUCGGAUUUUCUCGAAAACCUUGAUAUUUGCCAGUGUAAAUAUAAAUUUGAGUGGAUUUUGUUUGCUGAAGUAGAGAAAAAGGAAACUUAAUAUUAUGUAGAUGAAACGAUAGAAAUGGUUGUGUAGUGAAAACUUUGAAAAAUAUUCAAUUGAGCCAUUUUUCACCACUCUUUUUUAUGAAACAUGAGAAAUGAAGGGUUUUAGUAGCUAAAUACAAUUAACAGGAUACACAAAAUAUUGAAGAAAUAAGAGUAAAAUCACUGUGAUAUUAUGUUAAAAAAGGAGAUUUGAUAGAUCUUGGCAGAAAGUGUAAUUAUGUAGUGCUUCGACAAGAUGAAAUAAAUUAGGUGUUUUUAUGGCUAUUGAUUUCACAAAGAAAGUUCACUUUACAGGCUAAAAUUAUGUGAUUAUUUUUGCGUGGGAAAUUUAAUAAAUAAUUUAUUAAUUUAUUGCUUUCGGAAAGUUUGGGUUUAAAGAACGUUUAGAUAAUUUGUUCAAUUGUAUUGAUUACAUUCAACAAACAUAUCUUGAAAAAAAUAUAUUGAAAUUAAAUGAUUUGGUAGUCGAAAAAGAUUCUUGAGCACCUUCACAUAAUAAAGAGCAAAUAUAACGAAAUAGUCUUCCUAAUAAUUAUAAGGAUUAAUUGCAAAAACAUGCUGUUAGCGAGUCAUACUUAUACGCUUUUCAUAAAAUGUAGAUCACAAUAGUUCUCAAUGAUACUGAACACACGGGGAAUCUUUUAAUGAUGAUGGCUUGAAAUGGAUUCAGUCCCUUUUGUAGAGAAAUUGACAUGAAUUGUAAGCGAUGAAGAAUUGCAAAUUGAUUAUUAAAAACCAGUGCUUUACAAGA